CACACUGUCCUUAAGUCUCGCUGUGUGAAAAAUUACGAAAGAAUUUUUGGUGUUCAAUUUUUAGGAGCCACAAAUUUUCGCGAAACGAACUAUGGCAUCGAUCUGUGGACGCAUGGCGCUCCGUGCCGCUGCACGUCAAAAUGUUACAUACACGCCCGUGCGUUUUUGCAAAAUGAUGAACGACCCCUUGGAGCAUGCCACGGGUAUCGAGAAGCGUGAGCUGCUCGCCAAAGCCGCCGGCAAUGAGAAUCCCUUCGACAUGAAGGUGUUCAAGCGCGGUGCUGGCACCAAGGAGAACCCCAACUUGAUUCCAUCGGCCUUCGAUGCCAGAAUUGUUGGUUGCAUCUGCGAAGAGGAUCAGACCUACGUGCAAUGGAUGUGGCUGCAGAAGGGCAACCAGAAGCGUUGUGAGUGCGGCCAUUGGUUCAAGCUGGUGGAGAAGGCAGCUGUUUAAAGUUAUUAUUAAUUAAUUAAAUAAACCAAUUAAUAACAAGAACACACCCACACAAACAACUACUAAGCUAAAAGUCAACCAACACUUAGCUGUCCAAAUAAAACAGACAUCAAACCCAGAAAAACAAAA